CUGAGCCCUUAGCCUCCUCCCCCAGUUCCACCUAUGCCUGUCUCCUCCCGCUCCGCCCCCCGCCCCCCAGCCUUGUGUUUUAAGCCUGAUUCCAUCAAGGUGAACAACAACACCAGGAAGGAGCUGACUCUGGAAGCCAUUUGUCGCUGCGCCACUGCGAAAGGCUAUGAGGAUUUCUACUUCCCGGUGGUGGAGAAGAACAGGCUCCGUUGCGUCACCAAAUGCGCUUCGGGCGUGGACGGCGCCAUUGACUGUCACCAGGACCGAUGCCUUGUGCAGGAGGGUCCCGCUUGCGGCUGCUUCUCCACGGACACGCACUGGUUCUCGGGGCCGCACUGCGAGGUGGCCGUCGCCCGGCGAGCGCUGGUGGGGGGCCUGGUGGGGGCGGCUGUGCUGCUGCUGCUGCUGCUGCUCCUGGUGUCCCUGAGCGUCUUCGUUGCGCGCUCCCGGAGAGGCGGCCAGGGUGAAGGCGGGUCCUGGGAGGACGACAGGAAAUGGUUCGAGGUCUGGGAUGAAGACACUGUGGGAACGUUUUCAAACUUGGACUCGGAGAACAACCGAACAGUCAAGGAUGAAUACCUCCAGGCGGCCUUGAAGAAUGUGGACACCAAUGUGAGGGUGCACAUCCAGAGACCUGAGGUGGCCUCGCCCUUGCCGUGAGUCCUGCACUUCAUGAACCUCUACCCUGCCUCUGACAGUGAGAAGAAACUGAACCACAUCUAUUUCAAGGGAUUGCCCAAGGACUCAUGCAGCUCUGUCUCCUGGUUUCCUUGAGCAAAAUCAGACUAUCUCCCCGACCCUCAUCCUUCUCCCCACUUGGGUGAAACUCACCUGGAGAUCCAGUUCAAAUCCAGACUCUUCUACUGUGGGACCUUGGUCAAGUCAGUAACUUCUCUGAACCUGCAAAAUGAGUAGAGCAUACUUGUCCUGAUAUCUCGUAGUUACUGUGAAAACCAGAGGUGUUGUAAGAUCUCUAUCCCAGUGCACCUCCUGUAUCAGCCCUGUGCUUAUAGGUGGUCUCUCUCAGAUCCCCAGCCCCAGAUCCUUCCAGGGACUCAGACCUCGGUCUCUGUUCUCUCAUGCUCAUCCCUGUGCCUGUUCCCCACCUGCGUCUAUAACCAUCCUCCUACCUGCUCCUUGCUCCCACCUUCAAAUCUCCCCCUGUGAACCCACUUCUUAAAUCACUCCCCAUCCCAGCCCCAAGUCUGCUCCCAUUUGUUUCCGCCCCCAUCCUUAUAAUCUCAGCCCUAAAUCUUUACCCCUUCCCCCAUUCCAGGGCCCCAGUCUUAAAUCCUCCCUCCUCCCUCCACAUGCCAUUCCCAGCUAGGUAUGGAUGUCCUCUGCCUCUCAAGUCCCCUAGCUGGUGCUUCCCAGGCCCUGGUCUGCCAUUCUGAGGCCCCAUUCCCCCUUCUUGCUCUGAAGGGCCUGGAUCUCAGUUUUCUGGGGCCUCAACGGGAAGCAGAAGCAGGACCCUGAGGUGGAGAAGCCCCCUCAGCCCUUUGUCCUCAUUCCCCCUUCCCUCUGAUCCCCUAUGACCUCACCCUCCCCCACCACUCCCCUUUCCUCUCUUGGCCUCACCCCCAUCGCUGCAGUAACCUCAGAGGUCAGAAGUCCCCAGCCCUCUUCAUAGGAACAUGUCUUUUGGGGAAGAAAGUCUUGUAGCCUCCAGUUCUCCCAUGUGAACACAAUCUAGCAUUAUUGGAAAAGAA